AUGGGUGUCCUCUUACUACGAACAUAUGAAUUCUCGCUAAGGAGACCUCUGCUCUGCUGUAGCUCCGGAGCUAUCAAGCGACAUAGGCUUGAGAAAAUUGAACCCGCGAUAAGCUAUGAGCAUUUCGUGGAGGACUUAGACGGUGGCGACUCAUUUACCACUUCGUUGAUUGAGAUUCUAGUCAAGGAAGUGGCAGAUCGACACCAUCGCCAAAAUGCCACUGAACGUGGUCUUAUUGGAGAUCGCACCGCUAGAGCACUGAGGAGGUUAUCUAACCCAACCACUACGUACAGGGAACGCUAUUCUUGGCGCGGGACAGGUGGUCGAAGAGGGGUGGACCUUGCAGACUACUUGUCACGGCCUCCGGAUGAACUCGACAUGGAUGAAGAAGCUGAUGAGCUUGAGGAACUGGAGCAGUAUGGCCUCGUACCACUUGAGGGCACACGUGUGAAUACCGAGAUGUAUGAUGCAUACCGGUCUCAUACUUCACGGCCAAAUCCUUCAACAGCCUACCGUGCGUUCUCCCCUGCCUUUUACACCGUCCCUGCACCGCCUCCAGCUCCUACGCCGGAUUCCCCAAGCGAUAGGGUGCUUCCCCCUCUACUUGAUUCACCCCCUGCUCCACGGCUCGGUGGCUUGACGCUUCCAUCAGCAAGUGGCCUACUCCACACCUCACUAACUCGACAGCCUUCCGUUCGCCGCCCCGUAAGAAGCAGAACGGCAGAUUUCAGUGACUUCAGUGCACGGCGUCGGAAUUCUUCGCGACAGCCGGCUGAUGAGGAGGGACCGUCGAGAAUGGAUACAUCCAGUACAUUCACUGGUUCACACUUCAGUGCACCUAGGGAGGAUUCUGACCCACCUCCCCCGGGACCGCCAGGCCAGGCCAGACGAUUUUUCCCUUUCCGCCCACGACGCUUCGAAGUCAUUCCCACACCUCCUCGACCUGCACCUAGUACGGGUGAAGACUGGCUCUUCCCACCAGUCCCGUGGUCAUCAGCCUCAUCAGACCGUACUGCACCCUCGGCACCCGAUAGCCAAGUUGGUGAAGAACGCUCCCAGGCGCCUCGGCUCCGGCGAGGCGGCCUUAGAGCCCCGGAAUCUAUGCUCUCACGGCACGCCUCGCGUCCCACCACUGCAGAGAUAGUACUGAGGGUAUCAGAGCAGAUGGAUGCUAUUGAAGCUGCGGAGGCUGAGCGUGCAGAACAAACGCGAUCUGUAUCAGAAGAGAUAUUACAAUCUAUUGGGGGACCAUAG